UGGGAAAGUUGAGGCCGCGCUGCCGCCGGGUCUCCGGCCUUGAGGGCUCGGGCUCGCUGCGGCGGCGGUGGCCGCAAGAAGAGGCGGCGGGGGCGGGGGGAGAGGAGGGCCUGGGCCCGCGCUCCCCCAGCCCCAGAGGAGCAGGCGGCGGCCGCGGACGGAGAGAUUCGCCCGGGCGGUCGGACACCCCUGCCGUACCCGCCUGGGAUCAUGACCCAGGCGGGGGUCGCCGCCGCCGCUGCCGCCGCGGCCGAGACCGCGCAGCCAGUGGUAAGAAGAAAACAUAACUUAUAGACCAUCUUCUGGUAGAAGAUGAUAGAUUUGGAUCAGAAACGGGAGGUGCUGGAAGCCAGGAAUCAAAAGUGAAGAACUUCUGCAAGCCCUUGGGUGAUAAAGGUUCCUAUCACUGUAACCAUGCCAGAAAUGACAGAGAAUGAGACUCCUACAAAAAAGCAGCACAGAAAGAAAAACCGGGAGACACACAAUGCAGUGGAGAGGCAUAGAAAGAAGAAAAUCAAUGCUGGAAUAAACAGGAUAGGAGAGCUGAUCCCAUGUUCCCCUGCCCUGAAGCAGAGCAAGAAUAUGAUCCUGGACCAAGCCUUUAAAUAUAUAACAGAACUGAAAAGGCAAAAUGAUGAACUCCUGCUUAAUGGAGGAAACAAUGAACAAGCUGAAGAAAUUAAAAAGCUACGUAAACAAUUGGAAGAAAUUCAAAAAGAAAAUGGCCGAUAUAUUGAAUUACUGAAAGCAAAUGACAUAUGCCUAUAUGAUGACCCUACAAUCCACUGGAAAGGAAAUCUUAAAAACUCAAAGGUCUCUGUUGUUAUUCCCAGUGAUCAGGUUCAAAAAAAUAUCAUUGUUUAUUCCAACGGGAGUCAGCCUUGUGGAAAUAGCCAGGGAACAGCUGUUCAGGGGAUAACCUUUAAUGUUGGUCAUAAUUUACAAAAGCAGACCGCCAAUGUGGUGCCAGUACAGAGGACUUGCAAUCUUGUGACUCCUGUGUCUAUUUCUGGAGUUUACCCUUCUGAAAACAAGCCAUGGCAUCAGACCACAGUUUCUGCAUUGGCUGCCAACCAGCCUGUUCCUCUUUGUCUUCCUGCUACCAUUCCUGCUCAAAAUAUUCUCGAGCUUUCCACCUCUGAAAGCGAAUCGAGCGUGCUUGGUGCCACCAACGGCCCACUGAUCGCAGUUCCCAUUGGGCCUGAACCUCACCAACAUCGUUCCGUGCACACGUGUCUAAGUGAUCAAAGUUCUCCUGAAAAUAAGAAUGGGCAAGAGAGCCCCAAAUUAUUGAAGAAAACAGUCCCUUGUGCCACAGGCGUCCCCACCACUUCCUCAGCGACUGCCACUAAAGUGCACCACGGAAGCCAGUCCUGCCUGAGCAUCCAGGAUUUCAGAAAUGAUUUUCAAACCACCUUUGUUGUCUCAGUUACCACCACGGUCUGUUCCCAGCCUCCCAGAUCUGCAGGUGAUGCUUGUCCAGUGAGCAUCAGCAAGGGUGCAGACUCGGCGAGUGUUACCGCAGCGGUGGCCCCUUCUGCCCCUGCAGGAGGGAAGACCACCACUCCUGUAAGCACUCUUUCUGCAAACCCUUUGGACAAUAGUUGGACUCUUUCUUGUUCUUUGCCUUCUUCCAGUGUUAGUGCGUCGGAUUUGAAAAACAUUAAUAGCCUUACCCGAAUUUCCUCCGCUGGAAACACACAGACGACGUGGACUACUUUGCAACUGGCGGGAAACACUAUUCAGCCCUUAAGCCAGACACCUUCUUCUGCAGUGACUCCGGUAUUAAAUGAGUCUGGUAGCAGCCCUCCCACGACCAGCCACAGUAGACACGUCGCUACGGGCGUCAACAUGAAUAAUUCCUUUCCCGCAGACGGGCAGGUGGUUGAGCAAGUAGUUGUCACCUUGCCUUCUUGUCCAUCUUUACCUAUGCAGCCACUAAUUGCCCAACCACAAGUUAAAUCUCAGCCUCCAAAAAGUAUCCUUCCAUUGAAUUCAGCAAUGCAAGUGAUUCAGAUGGCUCAGCCAGUUGGGUCGGCUGUGAAUGCAGCUACAGCGAAUCAAAAUGUUAUCAUUCUUCAGCCCCCCAGCACCACCCCUUGCCCAACAGUGAUGAGAGCAGAGGUUCCCAACCAAACAGUGGGUCAGCAGAUAGUGAUCAUACAGGCAGCUAAUCAGAACCCUUUGCCACUCCUCUCAGCUCCACCUCCUGGUUCUGUUCGACUCCCUGUCAGUGGAGCCAAUGCUCUACUAGGGUCUAAUAGUUCAGUGCAAAAUGUUUCAACCCCCCAGACUUUUGGAGGAAAGCAUCUUGUCCAUAUAUUACCAAGACCUUCAUCUCUAUCAACAUCUAGUUCAACACAAACUUUUUCUGUUACCAUGUCAAACCAACAACAGCCUCAAACCAUUUCUUUAAAUGGACAGCUCUUUGCUUUGCAGCCUGUGAUGUCCUCAUCAGGAACUACAAAUCAAACCCCUAUGCAAAUUAUCCAACCCACCACCAGCGAAGAUCCAAACACCAAUGUUGCCCUGAAUACAUUUGGAGCUUUGGCCAGCCUCAAUCAAAGCAUAUCACAGAUGGCUGGGCAGAGCUGUGUACAGUUGUCUAUUAGCCAGCCUGCCAAUCCCCCAACUGCCGCAAGUAGUCAAACCAUCCCAGUUCACAGUGUUUCAUUAACAACAACAGUAGCAUCUCCCAUGACAACCGAUAAUUCAGCCACACUACCCAGUACUUAUAGUCUGGUAACUACUCCCUCAGUGAACACUGUAGCUUGUUUACCUAAUGUGAAGUCAAAAAGGUUUAAGAAGCCAGGUGCCAAGAAACACUUAGCAGCUCACAAGUCCACAUGUCCCCCGAAUCCAGUCAGAGAGGUGGGCAAGUUAGCCUGCCCCGGCACUGAAGCCACAGCAGAGCCGUCAUGUGGUGAUGGACUGCUGGAAAGCCUCCCUGUCGUGUUACCGUCUGUCACCAUGUCCCAGGCAAAUUGUGUGAGUGUUUCUGGUUCACAUUCUUUGGAUGUUCUAAAUCCUGAAUCCGUGAUACCCGAAUCUGUACCCAAAUCUAAGUCAACAGAAGAGUCUAGCUCACCCUCCCAAGCAUCUGUAAUGAGUGAACAUUUUGUAAUGGCCCCAGCAAAAUCCAAAGAUUCUGCCCCCAUUCUGCAGCAAGAGGCAUCUCAGGAUAAGCCACCAGCUAGUUUGGCAUUGUCAGAUGCUGCCAAAUGCUGCACUUCAGCCAGCGUGUUGAUUCCAUCUCCAAAUGAUCCCCACCUUUUGGUUUCUCAGGUUUCUGGGCUCUCAUCCACCACUAGCACUACAAGCACUGACUGUGCUUCUGAGGUAGAAAUCAUUGCUGAACCUUGCAGAGUGGAGCAAGACUCAUCAGAUACGAUGCAAACGACAGGUCUGUUAAAGGGGCAGGGUUUGACUGCAUUGCUGUCUGGUCUUGCUAAAGAAAAAGACUCUCAGAAAUUGUCUCUUUCGGUGCCAGUGGACCAUCCUGACUUUCCUUCUGAAAAUUCUAAAAUGGCGGAUUCAAGUGUCGAUUUACAUCCCAAACAGGAGCUGUUACUGAUGAACAGUGAUGACAGAGGUCCGGGGCAACAUCACUCCUGCGUCCCUGAUCAGGAGGUUAUUAAUGGCUCCUUGCUUGUCAGCAGGCAGGCCGACUCUCCCAUGUCCACCAGCUCUGGCAGUAGUCGUAGUUUCUCAGUUGCAUCCAUGCUUCCUGAAACGACGAGAGAGGAUGUCACCAGCAAUGCAACAACGAAUACCUGUGACAGCUGUACCUUUGUAGAGCAAACUGAUAUAGUUGCUCUUGCUGCAAGAGCUAUUUUUGACCAGGAGAACCUUGAGAAGGGAAGAGCUGGCACCCAGGCUGAUAUGAGGGAGGUUACUUCAAAGCCUUCUGAAGCCUCACCGUUAGAGGGAGACCAGCCUUUCAAAACACAGAUGUCUAAAGAGAGUGGCCCAGGACAGGCAGAAGCAACACCAAAUGAAUUUAAUUCUCAGGACUCAAUCGAAGCAACUGUGGAUCGAUCCCUCGGAAAACCAAGUUGUUCUGUAGGAAUCAAAACAUCAAAUGCCUCUUUACAGGUUUCGACUUCUCAGCCACCAAGCAUCACCAGUUUAAGUGUCAAUAAUCUUAUCCACCAGAGCACCAUCAGCCAUCCUCUGGUCAGCUGUGCUGGUCUAUCCCAAACCGCAGAGCAAGCACCUGUUCCGGCAACGGUUAAUCUGACUGUUGCAUCUAGUUCCUACGGUGGUCAGCCUCCCGGGCCAGCUCUGAUGACCGAAUAUUCCCAAGAACAGCUAAACACCAUUACUGGCACCAUACCAAAUCCACAGGUUCAAGAGCCACUCUUAAAGCCAAGUCAGGAAAGCCGCAAAGACUCCGCCAAGCGUGCUGUCCAAGACGACCUUUUAUUGUCUUCAGCUAAACGUCAAAAGCACUGUCAGCCAGCCCCGCUGAGGCUUGAAGCUAUGUCGCUGAUGAACCGCACUCCGGACAGCAUUUCUGAUCAGACUCAGAUGAUGGUCAGUCAGCUCCCUCCCAACUCUGCAAACUCUGUUGUGCCUAUUAGCAACCCAGCACAUGGAGAUGGCCUCGCACGAUUAUUUCCACCGAGUAACAAUUUUGGGGCCCCUGCAUUGAGACAAACGGAAGUUCAAUGCAAUUCUCAGAAUUCAGUUACUGAGCAGCAGCAAACCCAGGCCAGUCAACAUCUCCAGGCCCUGCAACAGCAUGUUCCAGCCCAAGGGGUAUCUCACCUGCACGGUAACCACCUCUACUUAAAGCAGCAGCAGCAGCAGCAGCAGCAGCAAGCAGGACAGUUAAGAGAGAGGCAUCACUUGUACCAACUGCAGCGUCACGCGCCUCAUGCAGAGAGCUCUGUCCACUCUCAGCCACAUAACGUCCACCAACAGAGAACUCUCCAGCAGGAAGUCCAGAUGCAGAAAAAGAGGAAUCUCGUUCAGGGCACUCAGGCCUCUCAGCUUUCCUUACAACCAAAGCACCACGGAACUGACCAGUCCCGCCCCAAGAGUGGUCAGCCACAUCCCCACCAUCAGCAGAUGCAGCAACAGAUGCAGCAACAUUUUGGAAGUUCCCAGCCAGAGAAGAGUUGUGAAAACCCUUCGACCAGCCGGAGCCACCACAACCAUCCCCAGAACCAUCUCAGUCAAGAUAUGAUACACCAACAGCAGGAUGUUGGAAGCAGGCAGCAAGGUUCGGGGGUUUCUUCUGAACAUGUAUCUGGGCAUAAUCCAUUACAGAGGCUUUUGACUUCAAGGGGCAUAGAGCAACAAAUGGUGUCCCAGCCCAGUAUCGUGACUAGGCCUUCAGACAUGCCCUGUACUCCACACAGGCCAGAGAGAAAUAGAGUUUCAAGUUAUUCUGCCGAGGCACUUAUUGGAAAGACAUCUUCUAACUCAGAGCAGAGAAUGGGCAUGUCACUUCAGGGUUCCAGAGUUUCAGAUCAGCUUGAAAUGAGAAGCUAUCUUGAUGUUCCCAGAAAUAAGAGUUUGGCCGUUCACAAUAUGCAGGGUCGCGUGGACCAUACUGUUGCCUCGGAUAUCCGCCUUACUGACUGUCAGACGUUUAAACCAAGUGGAGCCAGUCAGCAGCCCCAGAGUAAUUUUGAAGUACAGUCUUCAAGAAAUAGUGAAAUAGGUAACCCGGUAUCAUCAUUGAGGAGUAUGCAGUCCCAGGCUUUUCGAAUUAGUCAAAACCCUGGUCCACCACCAAUCGACCGCCAAAAGAGAUUAUCUUAUCCACCAGUUCAGAGUAUUCCGACAGGAAAUGCCAUCCCCCCAAGGGACAGUGAGAACACAUGCCACCAGAGUUUCAUGCAGAGUUUACUUGCCCCUCACCUUGGUGAUCAGGUCCUUGGAAGCCAGAGAUCACUCUCAGAACAUCAGAGGAACACACAGUGUGGUCCAUCCUCUGCAAUUGACUAUAAUUGUCCCCCAACCCAUGAAAGUGUCCAUAUUAGAAGAGAGAGUGAGAGUCAAAACAGGGAGAGUUGUGACAUGUCCCUAGGUGCGAUUAACACCAGGAACAGCACCCUGAAUAUUCCUUUCUCAAGUUCUUCUUCUUCAGGAGAUAUUCAGGGUCGAAACACAAGUCCCAAUGUGUCUGUACAGAAGUCCAAUCCCAUGAGGAUAACUGAUAGUCAUGGGACCAAGGGCCACAUGAACCCUCCGGUCACAACCAACAUGCAUGGGGUUGCAAGGCCAGCUUUGCCCCAUCCGUCUGUGUCUCACGGAAAUGCUGAACAAGGGCCUCCUGUACGUCCAACUAACUCUUCAGUUCCCCAGCGAUCAAGGCAUCCCUUGCAAGAUAGCAGUGGUUCCAAAAUUCGUCAACCUGAAAGGAAUCGUUCCGGAAACCAAAGACAUAGUAAUGUCUUUGACCCAAGUCUUCCCCAUCUUCCUCUGUCCACUAGUGGCAGUAUGAUUCUUGGACGCCAACAAGCCGCUACAGAGAAGAGAGGAAGUAUUGUUCGUUUCAUGCCCGAUAGCCCACAAGUACCUAAUGAUAACUCAGCGCCUGACCAGCAUACACUAUCACAAAAUUUCGGUUUUCCUUUUAUUCCCGAGGGUGGCAUGAAUCCACCAAUAAAUGCUAAUACUUCUUUCAUUCCACAGGUUACUCAGCCUAGUGCCACUCGAACGCCAGCUCUUAUUCCUGUAGAUCCCCAAAAUACUCUGCCCUCCUUCUAUCCCCCCUACUCCCCUGCUCAUCCUACGCUGUCUAAUGAUAUUUCCAUCCCCUAUUUUUCUAAUCAAAUGUUCUCAAAUCCUAGCACUGAGAAAGUAAACAGUGGAAGCUUAAAUAACCGAUUUGGAUCAAUUCUGUCUCCUCCUAGACCUGUUGGUUUUGCUCAACCAAGUUUUCCUCUGCUCCCUGACAUGCCGCCAAUGCACAUGACCAAUUCUCACUUGUCUAACUUUAAUAUGACAUCUUUGUUUCCAGAAAUAGCUACAGCUCUUCCCGAUGGCUCGGCAAUGUCACCUUUGCUUACAAUAGCAAACUCCUCUGCCUCUGACUCUUCCAAGCAGUCCUCAAACAGACCUGCCCACAACAUAAGCCAUAUUUUAGGUCAUGACUGCAGUUCAGCUGUUUAAAUACUGAUAGACUAAAUGUAAAUGUAUCGGGUGAGAUUACAAAUGUGUUUGUGUGUGCAUGCACACAUAAUGCACAUGGUGAGGGAGGUGGUGUGUGUGUGUGUAUGUCUUUUGUGUUUGUGUAAUCAGUUUCCAGUUAUCUUCCGAAUGUAGGGAAGCCACAUCAGAGAUGAUGCGAAUACUGGGUUGCCAGCAACAAACUAUCUUUCAUUUUUAACUGCACGGUGUGCUUUUUAAGUUUUUCAAGCGGAGUUGCAUUUUCAAGUUUGAUUUGUAAUCUUAUAUUCCCUAAAUACUUACCAGCUGGAAGUUGGGGGAAAAUCCCUUUGGCAUGUGUGGGGUAGUAGGAAAGAACCUAGAUUUUAAAUUUGCUGAUCAUUUGUAAAAUAGAUAACUUGAGGUAUUUGAGUUUCUCUCCAAAAAUACAGACACUUUUGAUAUAACGCAGUGGCUCAUCACCAAGUGCUUGGCUGAUGACAGCAUCUAGAACAGUUUCUUGCCCCUGGCAGGUAUUGAAUUAAUGUAGAAUGAAUGUCCAUGGUUCAAAUCAAGCAGUUAGCAAAUAAAUGAGUUGCUCGAUCAGCCUUUACUCCCAAGUUUUCCUGUAGGUAGAGGCUUCUUUCUUAAUGAUAACAAUGCCUAAGCUAUCUGAAUUUUAAUGUCUCAUUCUUCAAAUUAGGGAGCCAUGUUAUCUUUCAGUGUGCCAAGAUCCUGGAAAGCAAAGGUCUUCCUUACUUAGCCUUAAAAAUAGCAAUCUGAAAAGCAAAGUACAUAGACUUUGUCCAUUUUGUGCUUGCAUUUUUGCAUCAGGUCCUAAGGAUAAAAGCAGUUGUAUUGCAGAAUUUUACAUGUGUUUUGGCAAAGAUUGUUGCUUCAUUGGUUGAACUUUGUUUUCAACAUUUUCUUCAUUCUGUUUAUUUGAGCUCUAAAUGCUUUCUUUUAUAUUUGUUAAUCAUUAGGGACUGCUCAGUAAAUAGUGUGUUUGGAAUUUACACAGUUAUAUGAGCCUUACUUUUUAAAUAUUUCUGAGCAGAGUCUUAAGCUCUGUCAGUGUUUUCAUUUAUUGAUAUUUAUAUUUAAAAGAUGGCAUUGUAUGUUACAUUAUUACCCCGCAUAGUAGAAUUAUAAUGAGAAGACGAAUUUGUUCAUUAUUUUUCCUGAUGGUAGAUGUGAAAUGGUGCUUCAAAAAAUUGUCUCUGUAUAUGUCUCUGUGUGUGAGUGUGUGGGGGGAGUGGGGGAAGGGGGACAGAACACAGACAUAGAUUUGAAAAUAUAAACUGGUCCUUUAAAAAUUGGCCUGCCAUCUGGAAAUGGAAAUUGAGACCUGAAACCUGCUGAAGUAUUGGAAAACUGGAUGUUAGGGUUUUUAAAAGCCCCACAGCAGUUAAUUAUGUAUACACGCACACACACACACACACACACACACACACACACACUCAUAUAUUGAAUUUUGAAAAUUAAAAAAAAACCCUC